AUGAUAGCCUAGGGGGUGGGUGUUUUGGAAACUGCCUCGCUGGCGGGAGUGGGAUUUCCAGUGUCGGACCGUUGUUUGGCGUCUCCCUAUUAUGUCCGCUCAUGGCUGACGCACCACAUUGCCGGGCUGUGGGCGGCGCCCGAGAGGCUUCCCGGGAGCGGAGAAGGCGCGAGAGUCUGGAAGUCCCGCCUCUGUUCCCUGUACGCCCCCGUAACCCAGCGAUUAUCGGGCCUCCGCGAGCCCUCGUGUCGCGAGCCGUAGCGGGGCGGCCCCGGGCCCUCUGGCCGCACCAGCCUGGGGUGUCCGCCAGGGUCUCCGCCAAAGCUCGUACGUGUCCUCAGCGUGGUGUGCGCUUUACCGAGCGGGAGACGGAGGCACAACAGUCUCCCGUCAGGAUCCAGCAUAUGGCUGGACUGCGAACGUGACCAGUGAGCUGAUCGACUAGGCACAGACAGUGUGGUCACCCAACUUGAAUACUGCAAGGAGUCCUGGCUGGUGGACAUGGCAGCUCGAAUCAGUCCGUGACCAGAGAGGCCCACAGAAGAACAGUCCUGGUUUUACAGCUGAGCUGGUUUUCCUGACCAGGAACAGAAAGACAGCUUCAUCUCAAGCUUGUGGCUGAGACAUGCCUGGGAUGAGGAACCUGCUUCCUCAUUUUCUCAGACCACUGUACCUCUGAGAUCAUCUUCUUGUUCCUCAGGGCCUGAUGGUCUUUGAAGAUGUGGCCGUGUACUUCUCCCGGGAAGAGUGGGGGCUCUUGGAUGCUGCCCAGAGGGCCUUGUACCACCACGUGAUGCUGGAGAACUUUGCACUCGUGGCCUCUCUGGGACUCUCUGCCUCCCGACCCCGUGUAGUCAUCCAGCUUGAGCGUGGUGAGGAACCCUGGGUCCUCAGUGGGACAGAUGUGACCCUGGCUAGGAACAACCAGAGGAGGCCCAGCCCUGGUUCCCAGCAUCUGGCAGAGGACAGAGAUGUUUCUGGAGAAGCAGUGUGGCCAAGAACCUUCCAGAACACCAGGGUCCCUCCCACCACUGCUGUCAGUGUGCGUGGGAAAUGCCUGGGGAGUCGGCGGGCCACCUCCUCAUCCCGGGAGAGAAAACCCACGGGGGUCUCCGUGAUCUAUUGGGAAAGGCUCCUCCUAGGCCCUGGCAGUGGUGAGGCCAGUGUCAGUCUGCGGCUGACUUCCCCGCUGAGAGCUACCACGGGCAGCCCAAUCACGGAGAAAGCCCGCACAGACCACCUGGAGCCAGGCAAGCAGCCCAGGGCGCCCGAGCGGCAGAAGCCGUCCCCGCGGGAGGCCCCGGGGAGAACCUUCCCGAGCGACCCUGUUCUCGAAGCCAGUCACUCUCGGGGGGGUCGAGGAGUGCGGGUGGUGUGGCACGAGCCUCAGAGACUCCCCGCCGGCCAGGAGCCCCCGACCUGGGAUGAGCUGGGCGAGGCCCUCCACACCGGCCCCGGCCUCCUCCCAGGAGAGAAGACCUUCGAGUGCAGGGCGUGCAACAAAGUCUUCGUGAAGAGCUCCGACCUGCUCAAGCACUUGCGCACGCACACCGGGGAGCGGCCCUACGAGUGCGGGCAGUGCGGCAAGGCCUUCAGCCAGACAUCGCACCUGACGCAGCACCAGCGCAUCCACAGCGGUGAGACGCCCUACGCGUGCACGGCCUGCGGCAAGGCCUUCCGGCACAGCUCUUCGCUUGUGAGACACCAGCGCAUCCACACGGCUGAGAAGGCCUUCCGUUGCGGCGAGUGUGGCAAGGCCUUCAGCCACGGCUCCAACCUCAGCCAGCACCGCAAGAUCCAUGCGGGCGGGCGGCCCUAUGCCUGCGCGCGGUGCGGCCGCCGCUUCUGCCGCAACUCGCACCUGAUUCAGCACGAGCGCACGCACACAGGCGAGAAGCCGUAUGCCUGCGCGCUCUGUGGGGCCGCCUUCAGCCAGGGCUCCUCACUCUUUAAGCACCAGCGCGUGCACACGGGCGAGAAGCCCUUCACUUGCGCGCAGUGCGGCCGCGCCUUCAGCCACAGCUCCAACCUCACGCAGCAUCAGCUGUUGCACACGGGAGAGCGGCCCUUCCGCUGCGGGGACUGCGGCAAGGCCUUCGCCAAGGGUGCCGUGCUGCUCAGCCACCGGCGCAUCCACACAGGUGAGAAGCCGUUCGUGUGCGCACAGUGCGGCCGCGCCUUCCGCGAGCGCCCGGCUCUCUUCCACCACCAGAGGAUCCACACGGGCGAGAAACCCAUGCGGAGGCUCAGGGCCACGGCCGGCCUGAGCUCCCAGGCCAAGCCUCCGGAGGCACCCUCAGCUGGCACGCCUGGGAGGGAAGCCAGGCCCACUUCCAGCUCAGGCCCAGCCACCGUGCCGAAGCCAGCUGAGGCCUGAGGUCCCAGCUCCCCUGUUUCCGAUCUCUCCUGAGUCCUUUCCACAGCUAACGGGCCGUGUCCUUUGAAAAUCCACACUCUGGAGAAGCUCUGUGCGCACUCUGCAAUUCCAUCUGUAUGUGGUGACAGGAUUUGCCACUUCAGCCACAGCUGACUCCAUCCCCAAGAGGUCAGGCUGCGGAAAGGUCAGGAGGAGGGAGAUGGAGGCUGGGACUUUGGUGAGGCUGAAACAUUGCAGAGCCAGUGGCAGGACAGCAGGGCGGCGCCACUGCUCUCAUGUCGUGACUGAACACUAAGAGGAGGGCAGUGCCGGGAUGGAGUGGAGGCAGGCCGAGAAAUUUUUUACACAUUCAGGAUAUUACCCCCAGGUCUGGAUUCAUCCAAGGCUUCCUGGGAGCUGGCCCAGUGGACGAGAGGUCAUGUGGGGGGUUGGGUGCUGGCCCUGGGUAAAUGGCUGGGCUCUGAGCCUCAGCUUCCUCCUCUGGGGGAAAGAAAGAGAAAAAAGGGAUUUCAUCCUACAGAGGGUAUUUGCCAUACCCUGACAGACAGGCUCUUGAUAAGGCCAACAUGUGCCAAGUGCCAGCCCCUGUGAG